AUGUUCUCCCUACAACCCCUCCUAUAUUCAUUAUCUCUCCUCCUCUUCCUCCUCCUCCUCCCACCCCCGACCAUCCAGGCAACAACAACCCCACCCCCAAAAGCCUACAUCCUCCCUCCCACCCCCGUCCCCAGCCCCGCCCAAAUCCUCACAACAGUAACCAACACGCACGCCUUCGCGGGCCCCCACCUCCUUUACAACAACGGCACCGCCUACGAAGGCUUCUACUUCGACACCGAGACCAUACCCGCGGGGGCCCUCACGCUCUCCACAACAGGCGAUGGCAGCCAAGCCCGCGCCCAAGACGGAGCAAUGUCGUGGUUUGCAGCAGAUGACUUGUCUGCGCUGGUCGUCGAGCUGAACGUCCCUGAGAAGGGUGUGUCGGCUAGUAUCACGAUGCGCGCGCGCGCGCCACUGCACGUGCCUUGUGGGGAGAAGAGGGAGGGCGCGUCGUAUAUGUUGACGGAGCUGUUGGGGUGGGCGCCUGUUGUGGCUGAUGCGGAGGCGAGGGUUGAGAUCGCUGUUGAUGGGAGGAGGUGGGCGUUUGAGGGGGCGGGGUAUGCGGAUCAGAUAUUCAGCCUCCAACCCCUCUUUGUUGACCUCGCGCAGUGGUACUGGGGCCACGCUCGUGUCGGUCCUUACUCGCUUGUUUGGUACUACUAUGUUGAUGCUAAGCAUCGUGUAAGUAAGAGUUUCCAGCUGGCGCGGGAUGGGAAGGCGGUUGUGGCUACUUGUGGAGACCGCAGCGGGACGGUUACUCCGCUUGGUGGUGGUGGUGUGCCGGUGGCUGACCCUGCGGGGAUUACGGGGUGGGUGGUGAGUGUUAUGGAUGAGCGGGGAAGAGAGUAUAGGUUUGAGGUGCGGAAUGAGCAUGUUGCGCAGGAUAGGGAUCUUAUGGGGGCUGCACAUGAUAUUCGGUGGAUUGGGAGGGUGGAGGGGGGAUUGGUUGGGGGGAAGGAGAGACCACCGACGUCUUCAGAACGGCGCGGCAUCUCUAAUUCCACCCAUCACCACAACUACAACUACAAUUUUGACUACUUCAAUCUCCAAGACUCCCCUGGAGACCUCUACCUCGACGACCACUUCCUCCAACCUGACCCCAACCUGUGGCCUGAAUUCGCCUUUCCGGACUUUUCUGCACCGAUCCCUCCCACCGACCCGUUCCCCUCCUGCGAUCCAUUAUCCGAAGUGACCCUCACCGACGACGACUUUCUAACCUUGAACACCUUACCCUGUCAAUUGCCCCCGCCGACCGAAACCAUAUCGCCCCCUCAUGUGGCCACGACCGACAGCCCAGCGUGCGCACCCGAUGCGACUACCGUGAACAACAACGCUCUUCCGCGACUGGCCCCAGCAAACCACAUGCCCACGCCGGUCUCUCACACUCCCUCGUCUACCUCCUCACGGGGAACCUCCCCCAAGGAGACUACCAACCGCGUGGCAAAACGAGAGCUCAACACUCAAGCUGCUCGUCGGUACCGCCAGCGUCGCGUCGACCAGAUGAGCAAACUGGAGGCAGAGCUCGAAGCCGUCAAGCGGGAACGGGAUGCGUUGAAGAUGCAUGUGUCGAAGCUGGAGGGCGAAACGGAUGCGCUGAGGGGGUUGCUGGAGUUGCAGAAACAAAAGUGA